CAUAGAAAAAUGUCUCCUGAGUUGUCUUAGGUAGCAUACCUAUCGAGUGUUUUAUUUUAUUUUUGACCAGCUUUCUCUAAUCUAAAUCACACAAAAUUAAUUCAGCACCCACCGCAGGGUUGUGAAAAUAGUGAAUUUAUAAUUGGAGCCAUGACAAUUGUGUAGUAGUGUCGCCGUUAAUCAUUUAAUAGGACCGACGCUUGUCACGCUAAUCAUUAUUUUGUAGUGUUCGUAAUUGGUUCCUAGACGUUGUGGGGAAUACCAAGUGGUAGUUGGGAUCGAUGGCAGCUUGAGUGUUUCCGUAGUGUGAUUAUUGGGGGGAGAGAGGCUGCCCCGAUUCGGUGACUCAUUCGCGGGCUGGUGCGUUGGAAAUCAUGGAUACCGAUGAUGGAGAAUCCUCGAGCAGCGGGCCUAUGUCCAGUCUGAACAGCCUGUUCUCGUUUACAAGUCCCGCCGUCAAGAAAUUGCUGGGAUGGAAGCAGGGUGACGAAGAAGAGAAAUGGGCAGAGAAAGCGGUCGACAGUUUGGUGAAGAAAUUGAAGAAGCGGAAAGGUGCUAUCGAGGAGUUGGAGCGAGCGCUGUCGUGUCCUGGCACGCCGUCCAAGUGUGUCACUAUACCACGGUCACUUGAUGGGAGGUUGCAGGUAUCGCACCGCAAAGGCCUCCCUCACGUCAUCUACUGCCGUGUGUGGCGCUGGCCCGACCUUCAGAGCCACCACGAGCUCAAACCCUUGGAGAUUUGCCAGUACCCCUUCAGCGCCAAGCAGAAAGAAGUGUGCAUCAACCCCUACCACUACAAGAGAGUCGAGAGCCCCGUCCUGCCACCAGUGUUAGUACCUAGACAUUCUGAAUUCGCUCCAGGACACUCCUUACUACCUUUCCAAAGGACGGCGGAACCGUCGAUGCCCCACAAUGUCUCGUACUCCGGGUCCGGGUUCCCUCCUUCAGCUAGCUCGGAGCUCCCAGACACGCCACCCCCCGCGUACUCCCCGCCCUCAGACGACUCCGAACCGCCCGGAGAAGUGGCACCAGUGUCCUACCAGGAGCCCCUAUACUGGGCAUCCGUCGCGUAUUACGAGUUGAACUGCCGCGUUGGUGAAGUUUUCCAUUGUAACUCCCAUUCGGUUGUGGUCGAUGGGUUCACGGAUCCCUCGAAUAAUAGCGAUAGGUUCUGCUUAGGGCAGCUAAGUAAUGUGAACAGGAAUUCGACGAUCGAGAACACUAGACGUCACAUAGGGAAAGGAGUACAUUUGUACUACGUCGGGGGGGAAGUUUACGCCGAGUGCUUGUCGGACGCCGCCAUCUUCGUCCAGAGUCGAAACUGUAAUCACCACCACGGGUUCCACCCCUCCACCGUGUGUAAGAUACCUCCCGGGUGUUCUCUGAAGAUCUUCAACAACAGGGAGUUUGCACAGCUGCUGUCCCAAAGCGUUAAUCAUGGUUUCGAAGCUGUUUACGAGCUGACGAAGAUGUGUACGAUUCGCAUGUCGUUCGUGAAGGGUUGGGGAGCCGAGUACCACCGCCAGGACGUGACGUCCACUCCUUGCUGGAUAGAGAUCCACCUGCACGGGCCGCUGCAGUGGCUGGACAAGGUGCUGACACAGAUGGGCUCCCCCCACAACGCGAUCUCGUCAGUGUCCUAGCCGCGCCGCGCACACUCGACUCCCCCCACCGUACUUUGGUAUCCGGAAUUAAAAUUCUUCAAUCUCAAAAAUCAUUUCAACCAUUGCAUUUUGUAUUUUAUACGUGACAGAAUAUUUUUAAUAGUUUUUUUAAUGUUUUGUGUUGUAACAAAGCCCCAAUUGGCAUUUAACAAUUAUGCAGCUCAAACCAUGUGUCCAAUUUAUUGAAUCGUAUUUUGUAAGCGUAUUAUAAUGAAUAAAGACAUUAAGGUUUACUAUACUCGUCAAUAUAAUUUAUGACAAGGUAAAAAAGAUAUUAUUGGUGUAAAUAAAUAAAUAAAUAAUGCUUAUAAACGUUUUGGUAAUGUCAAGCACAAAAGUCUAAGUUCGCCAUAAAUUCGUUCGAUAUUGAUGAUAUUAUAUUUUAGUAUAUUAUUAUAAAUAUAUUUUUAAGAUAAGACAUAUAUAUGUAAGUUUUCAUAUACAUUACGUGUAGCUUAGUUAUAGUUUUAAUGCAAUUUUUAUUUUUAACUAACAUAGAAAUCAUUAUUUUGGUUUUGUGGCUCCUUGGGUGAAAGAGUGAAGAGUUAAAUGGGUAUUAUGUAUACUGGUAUGUAUCAAAUAAUACAAGAACAACAUUCCAGUGCUUAUUGCAUUGAUGAAAUGUAGACAUUUAUAACUAGAAACAUCAGAAAAUGCUUCUGCGUUUGUUUAUAAAAAGUAUAAAAUAACUUCUCUUACACAACUGGGCCACAAGACUUCAUUUGACAUAGUAUAGUGACGAAUAUGUGUUCUAUGUAUAAUUAAUUGUAUUUAUGACUAUAUUAACAUGUCAGAUUAGUUUUUUCGACUCAAACUUGCAUGCAGUGUACAUUAUGGUAAGGGAUAGAGAGUAUAAGGUAUGUAGUGAGUGGGUGACAGGGUCUGUGAUGCCUAAAGUGAAAGAAAGAAAGAUAAAGGUUAACAAAAUAGGUAUUAGAUAACGUUUGAGUCGAAAAAACAAUAAUUUGACAAUAAUUUUAAAUCGUGCCAUCGUAAAAGUCGACAGAAUUAAUUUUGUCUUGUAAAUUUUAAAAAGUGAACGUUUCAAUUUCAUUUUAAAUCAUUUAUUUCGUAGUCGUUUUUAUUGUAAAUGUUCUAUUUUUUUUUUUUUGAAAAAUUAAAUAAUCUCGGAUGUAUUUGGUAAUGUUUUAAAUUCAAUGCAACAGUUUUUUGAAAGUGCUAGUUAUUAGGAAAGACAGUUUUACUAAAAAAAUAUAAUUAAAACCAAAUCAAUGGGACAUGUGCAGAGUAAUGAAAAAUAUUGUGAUUGAUCUCAAAACUAUUGAAUAAGAAAUGUUUUAGUUCCUCAAAAAGAGUGACUGUUGCGUGUCCCGCUUAUAGUAGAAAUAUUAAUUAAACGUAUAUAUUUUCUACUGAGAUAUUGCAGAGACUAACUUUUCCGACUCUUGACUAAUCACCGGCCAAUAAAAACUUAUUCUUAAAUAACUUCAACCAUACACAUAUUUGGUUUAGAUCAUGAAUACAUUGUAUCGAAAGUAUUAGCUUAAUUUCUUAUGUUCCUUCGAAGACAAACAAUGAAAAACAACCAGCUUAAAAUUGCUUGAUUUUCCAAAAAACUUGUAGUUUGUGAAAAUAUACCUUAUAGAUGUUCUUAUCACUCGAAUAUACAUGUCCAUUUACCCAUAAAGAAGGAUGAACACGGCAACAGUAUUUGUUUCAUGCUUGCAUCUUAUUUAAUUAUUUUAUUGCUGUAGUAAUUAUGAUUUCUAAUUGAUUGAAUUGAAAUCCAGUGAUAAUAUAAAUGUAAUAUACCUACAAAUUAUAUAAAUUUACAAAUAAAAUUGUUGACGUUGCAUUCAAAUGUCCAUAAAAUAUGGUAUUAAAUAGAUUUUCUAGCAGUUUCGUAAAGAAUAUUUAUAGUAGCUAUAGCCAUAUUGGCAAUUUACGUCACGUUAAUAAAACAUGGUUGAACUCUUGACUAAAAAAUCUUAUUAGGUUGUACUGUUACAGUUUUCGAGCAUGUUGCUCAUGAGUCCCGGGCGUAACUCGAAAAUAAUCGCGUUACCCAGUCGAUAAAUUAAUGAGUGUUUCAACCUAGUAAAUAAAAUAUGUCUCAAGAUAAAUUAUAAUACAAAAUUAUUAAAAGUAGCGUCAACCAUAGUGGUUUUCAUAUACAUUUAAAAGUUGUUAUUAGAAACUAUGGCCUAUAGAGAUGUGCCUAAAUGUACCAUAAACGACCGUCCACUGAGGUAACUGAACAUUUUGUAUGGAAUUUGUCUGAUUUGAUUGAAAUUUUGAAGACAGUGUAUAGUAUGAUGUUAAUAUUUGAUGCCUUGAGGAAAACGUGUUUUUUUAAACCUAAAUUCGGACGGGGUUAUACAGUAUGUAAACGGAACGGAACACGUACACGAGUAUUAUUUUGAAAAAAAAAACAACAACUGCCUAAUAAAUCAACUGCCAAGGCUAAUUUUGCAUGAAUAACACGAAAAUUAAAAUUAUAAAGGAAAUUGUAGUGUUUUUCAGGAGCAUUCCGUUUACACCCUGUAAGUAUGGCCAGCUUGUAAUUUCUAUACAAUUAUUUUCACUACCAGGCUUAAUUAUUACCAACUCGUCAGGGUACCUGAGGGCUUAGUACGAGUUUGUCUUACGUUCAACGAGAUUCGAGACACGUUCGGCGCUCUUAUUGAUUGGUUCAUUCGUGCCGUCCAAACAGAGCACGGAACGCGCUUUCGUUUCGUUUUCGUUCAACGUAAAGCAAACUCGUACUAAGGGUAUUGUUAUGAAAUAUUAAAAAAAAACACACAGAUAAAAUUCAUACAAGAAUCAGCUACAAAUAUACCACAUGAAGUAUACUCUUCAUAUAAUUAUAUUUUCUUUUACAUAAUAUUAUGUCGUAUAAUAUUGGCUUGUCAUAAAUACACGCGACUUUAUAUACUAACUGUUAUAAUAGUGCCUUUGAAACUAUUGAACUUCGACAAAUGCCUUAUAAUUUUAAUUAUUACAAUUGAAAAGUAUUCAUAUUAUUAUAUUUGGAAUUAUCUAUGAUAUUGCAUUUUUUGUUUAUUAUUUUAUUAUUAUAAUUUGACCAUAAUUAUAAUAGUGCCUAUUCUUAUAAAUUAGUAUAAAUAAAAUACCAUUUGUAUGCCUUAUUUUUUCGAAUUCAUAUUUUUUAAUUCGUGGGGUUGUGUAGAAAUGUAAUUAUUAAUAUGAAUGAACAAUUUUAAUAGUCUUCACAAGAAUUGUUAUUACUGUGAAAAAUUGCAACUGUGAAUUUUACUAUAUGACUUUUUGCACAACCUCCUGUAUAUGUCUGUUAAAACGUAGAAGUCUGUAAACUUAUUGCUGAUAUUACAAUGUAUAUUUACUAUACUAUACUUCAGGACGAUUGUACCAAUAGAUUGACUAAUUUAAAUACAACCAAAGUAUUAUUAAUAAUGCAAUCUUUUGACAAUGUCAUCUUGCAGGAUUAUACAGUCUGUACCUCUUCCAUAAGUUUGAAGCAAUAGUAUUUGUCGAUAGUCGCUAGCGGCGACGUAAAUUUAUGUUUUUUUUUUUAUGUUAAAUGGACCGACGUUUGGCAAAUUUUUGUUCCACAGUUGACCGGUAGAGGCGUUGUAAAAUUGUCAAAAUUGUGUGAAAUUGUUGUAAAAUUAUUUUGUCGUCGUCGCUAGUGACUUUCGACAAAUACUAUUGCUUCAAACUCAUGGUAGAGGCUCUGUUCUUUACCUAAGCUGCUCAUCAAUCACUAUAGCAUUUACGCCCGAAUACUCAAAUGCUAAUCAAUUUUAAGUUGUACUUAAAUAUCGUGCUAUCUCUGUCAUUUUAUAAAGAAUUGAUAGUGACAGUACUACAUUUGAGAGCGUCUUAAAAUUAAGUAGCGUUUGAGUAUUAGUCUAUUGAUAUUUUGUAGUCAAAAGUCCUGUAGCAUGUAUUUAUUCGAUAUUUACAUAACAAAUAAAGAUCUUCAAAAAGGUGUCUGUCUGUCUGUCCAUCGGUACAAUCGUGUCUAUAAACUAUAAAAUACUAAUAAUGGUUAUAAUGUGCGUUAUAUAUGGAGUGACAUGUAAACUUGUACAUAAUGUUUUACAGCGUGGCAGAGUGCUAUUUGUUAUGUAGUUUUCGUUUCGAGAAGUUUUGGAUUUGACAAUCUUUUUGAAAGAGUUUUUUUAACUUGUGAUUCUUGGGUUCUUAAAAGUGGAAUAACUUUAAUUAAGGGUUAAUAAAAUUACAUGUUAUGACUGCACGGUGAGCGUAGUGCCUGGGCAACCAGCUGCCGCGCAGCGAGUAGUGGGUUUAAUUCCUGCAUGGAGCAACUCUUAGUGUGAUCCACAAAUUGUUGUUUCGGGUCUGGAUGUAAGUUUUAUGUGAACUUGUAUUGUAAACGUACCCACGACACAGGAGAAAAUUCUAGUGUGGGGCAGCAACGUUUUGUAAAAAGAAAAAAAAAAUGUUAUUGGAUUAUGAAUUAUUUUGCUAAUGAUGAUAUUGUAUUAAAUUAAAUCUUACACAGAUUUCGUAUGAGUUUAUAUGGAUGUAGAAUGUUAUGUAUCGGUUCUUUAGAAAGUUGUCAAAUCCAAAAUGUGUCUGUUUGUUGAUUUUGUGUUGAAGUGGCUGUAAGUGUCGUGUCGUCGAGUUUAUAUGAAGUGAGUCUAUGUUAGGCCUCUGUUCCCUGUGGCGUAACCGAUUUACAGCGCACAAGUUUUUCAAAGAAUGUACAUAGUCGCAAAAAAUGACUUUAAGAUCCCAUUGGUAAAGAAUGUAACAUGAUUACUGUCCUUAUUAUUAAGGUGAAAAGGCACAAAUUGCUAUAUGAAUGUCUACACAUAUACUAGAGAUGUGUGCGAAACAUUAUGUUGGUUGUCAAAAGUUAAGAUGUUACGCCACAGUGUGCAAGGAGCUUUGUGUACAAAAUUGUGAAUGUUUUCUUUCGCUCUAUUUACUGUAAGAUAGUGUAAGCGCAUAGAAGCCAUUGUUCAUGUAAUUUUUAGUAUAUUUUUCUCUGUUUAGCAAUUAAUAAAGUUUCUUUUAUUGAUAUA